AUGGGAACUCUUCAGGAGAGAAACACGGCCGCGCCCCAGGAACCACCCCGGAAACCGCCCCAGGAACCGCUCCAGGAACCGCCCCAGGAACUGCCCCAGGAACCGCCCCAGGAACCGCUCCAGGAACCGCCCCAGGAACCGCUCCAGGAACCGCUCCAGGAACCGCUCCAGGAACCGCCCCAGGAACCGCCCUAGGAACUGCUCCAGGAACCGCUCCAGGAACCGCCCCAGGAACCGCUCCAGGAACCUCCCCAGGAACCGCCCCAGGAACCGCUCCAGGAACCGCCCCAGGAACCGCCCCAGGAACCGCUCCAGGAACCGCUCCAGGAACCGCCCCAGGAACCGCCCCGGAAACCGCCCCAGGAACCGCUCCAGGAACCGCCCCAGGAACCGCUCCAGGAACCGCCCCAGGAACCGCCCUUGAAAUCGCCCCAGGAACCGCUCCAGGAACCGCCCCAGGAACUGCCCCAGGAACCGCCCCAGGAACCGCUCCAGGAACCGCCCUUGAAAUCGCCCCAGGAACCGCUCCAGGAACCGCCCCAGGAACACCAGGAACCGCCCCAGGAAUCGCCACAGGAACCGCUCCAGGAACCGCUCCAGGAACCGCUCCAGGAACCGCCCCAGGAACCGCUCCAGCUGUUUGUGCUGAAGGUUUUUGACGCUGUCACGUGUCACAGAACGGCUCACGAGUCCGUCAGGAGCACCAGGCGCUCGUCUACCAUUCAGCAAACAGCACGGAGGUCAAGUUCUGUGCCUCCUGCUGGAGGACGCGUCCCGGGCUUUGUUUUAGAGGAGGAGCUGUGA